GGUAUCUUUUAGUCAUAUCAAAUUUCCAUGAUACUUGGUAAUUUCUUUGUUUCAAGCGAUGGCGGUCAAAAGUAAACAAAAAUGUAGCGCGUGCUUUUGGUUUGCUUUAUCCUUUGAUUUCGUCUUUCAUCACCAUUACUGAAAACGAUAGCAUAGCUCACAUAUGACGUAAAAUACUCCGAAGAAGAAGAAGCAGCGCCUUAUGUGUAUACGAACUUCGUACUAUAUAAUACCAUAGGUUGCAGGGACUCCGUUAAACGAUAAAUAAAAGCAAUUAAAUACAAUCUUCGCUACCUCUCAUCUCCACUAAUUAAAUAAGUAUUCCACUGCCGCUGAAGAUGGUUUGUGACCAGAUAAAUCGUGGACAAAGCCGCUUGAUCAUUUUUUUCCUAGUCCUGUUCAUUGCAUCAUCCAUUAUUGCCUCUAGCAUAUAUGUGUACCAACACCCGGAUCCUAAAGCUCCGGCCUACUCCGUACUGGACGUGCCCUUAACAACCAAUGGCAGCAGCCGCUUCACCGGCGGCGGCACCGUGACCUUCAUCCUCAACACCCGCAACCGAAACAAAAGAAAGUACACCAAUGACUACGGCACCUCCCAAGCAUCACUCUACCUAGGCGCCCCCGCGCAGGAGAUGGUCGCGAACGCCACAUUGGCGGCGCUUUUGCAGCCUCCCCGUGCAUCCAGUAACCUCACCCUCACCUUUCUUGCACCGGCCGCGGCCCUUGACGGUGGAGCCUCCACCGUCGUCUUAAAGAUCCAAGCUCCUUUUCGGUAUGAUGGUUACACAUUGUCAUCGAUUGACAGGCAGCUUGAGGUGACAUGCAACUUGCCCUACGACUCUUCCCAGCUGCAGGCUUUUCAUCUCCCCAACAAGUGUCACGUACUGGUCCAAUCGUGCUAUUCCAAUAGGUACGGAACCCGUAGGUGUUAUUAAGCGGAUCGGACAUACGUCUAUAAUAAAUCAGCAAUGGAACUACUAUCGAGUCAUACUAUACACUUCGUAUAUAUGGAGUAUUUGUAUUCUACGGGCGCACAAGGUCUUGGCCUAGUUUUUGCAAUUGUAUUUCAAAUGCUUAACCUUGCCAUAAUUUUACAAUUAUAUAGGUUGUACUAAGUUGUGGGCAUUGUCAUAAUUUCAUAAUUCUAUAGGUUGUAUUAAGUGUUGGGCAUCAUAAUAUAUACUCGUAUGUCUUUGGUGCUUAUUUAUAUUGACUAGUUUUUGUAAUGCGGUGCGUCACUACAAAAAAAACCACGGGAUUAG